UUAUCGAAACGUGUUUACCUUGUAUCUUCCUUUUUCCGGUUGCCAUCCACAUAAGAAAUGGCUCCAAGAACCAAAGGGUCAAAGAAGGGGGAUAAAAAGGUGUUGACAGAAGUCAUCACAAAGGAGUGCACCAUUCACCUUCACAAGAGGAUUCACGGAAUUGGGUUUAAAAAGAGGGCACCCCGUGCUGUCAAAGAAAUUCGCAAGUUUGCUGAAAAGAUGAUGGGUACCCCUGAUGUUCGUGUAGACACCAGACUUAACAAACACAUCUGGUCUCAAGGCAUCAGAAAUGUCCCAUACAGAGUUAGAGUACGACUUGCACGUAAAAGGAACGAAGAUGAAGAUUCUGUACACAGGCUGUAUACCUUAGUCACAUAUGUGCCCUGUGCUUCAUUUAAAGGUACACAGACCAUAAAUGUUGAUAAUGAAUAAACAUGUACAGACAGA